AUGGUCUUGCAAAUUGUUCCCUCUGUACUCAAGACGCUUGUUCUGCUAGCGAACGUUAUAAUGGUCUGUGCGUCAGGGGCAGAACCACCUGUGGUUAACACUCCCAGCGGAAGGCUUGCUGGGGUGCGGUUGUCGUUCGAGAACAAAUUUACCGAUGCUUUCCUUGGAAUCCCGUAUGCUGUGCCUCCAUUGGGGGACCUUCGUUUUAGAAAGCCUUUACCAUUUCCGUCGUGGGGAAACGUUCGCAGUGCAAGUCAGUAUGCACCCGCCUGCAGCCAGCUAAACUUUAGGAUCCAUUAUGGUGUCGUUCUCAACAACUCUCUGUCAUCAGAAGACUGCUUGUACCUGAACAUUUGGAAACCAUCGUGCGCCAGGGUUGACAAGUGCAAUUCUAUGUUACCUGUGGUCGUGUACGUGUACGGCGGAGCUUUUCAGUGGGGUGAUACCUCAAUGUUCUACAAUGACGGCUUAGUGUUUUCCUCGGUAAAUGACGUUGUCUUUGUUAGUUUCAACUACAGAACGGGCGUAUUCGGGUUUCUCACCACUGGCACAAAAGAAGCACCGGGAAAUUUGGCGUUUUGGGAUCAACUGCUAGCCUUGAAAUGGGUUCAGAAGCACAUGACUGCUUUUGGAGGGGACCCAGGUUCUGUGACAUUGUAUGGCCAAAGCUCGGGUUCUAUGGCGGUGGGGGUUCAUGUUUUAUCGCCUCUUAGCAGAGGCUUGUUCAAAAGAUGCAUAUUCGAGAGCGGCACACCCCUCUCCCUGUUUACGCUUCCUACUGGGGAGGAAACGAGUAGUUUUUACGACAUUGCGGCUUCCACCCAAUGUGCAAGUCCUUCGCAAAAUAUUUCAGUUAUGCUUAAUUGUUUGCGCCAGGUCAAAACAGAGAAGAUCCUAUCUGCUUUGAAGGGGGGCAGAGUAGGAUCUGUUAUGUUCUACCCGUUGCACGGAGACGAAUUUUUACCUCGUAGUUUGUUUUCAGAAGACAACAUGGGGCGGAUCAAUGGCGAAGAAAUGUUGAUGGGCUCCACAGUGGACGAAGGGUCUCUAUUUAUCCAGCAUAUGCUCGAUAUAAACGAAGAGUUUGGUCGAUUAGUAACUGAAUAUUACGAUACUGUAGUAUCCGUCUUUUUGGGCAGAGCCCUCAAUGUUCCGUCCAGCGUUGCUCGUAGGUAUAUCCAGUCCUAUUUUCCUCACGGCAAAAAAAACGUCUCAAAAGAAGAUAUGCUAAGUCGGCUCGGCCACACGUACGGUGACGUCGUAUUCAUCUGCGCGACAAAUAUUUGGGGUGACUUUCUCUCGAGACAAGGCCACGACGUCUAUCGGUACGUCUAUGGUCAGCGGAUGAGUUUAAGCCACUGGCCAAACUGGACAGGAAUUGUACAUGGUGACGACUUACCUUAUAUGCUUGGCUCGGUGGCUAUGCUGCGCGAAAAUUUAAAAGAAGACAGAUGGCGCUAUAUUCCGGCCUGGUUCCGAGAAAUGUCCAUUCCUCAAGCGGAGCUUGCCUUCAGCAGGCAAACUGUUCGAGCCCUGGGAAACUUCGCCAAGACUGGGUGA